GCGUUGUACGCAUUCAUUAUGGGAAUGAAAAGGUUUGCCAAGUCAGCGCCGUUUUUAUAUCCCACUUCCCCUCCCUGUUAAUAGUUUUCUGGUGUCACUCAGCGGGGCGGACCGUGCACGCGCAGGUCCGACACGCACACGCAGCGGAAGUGGCUCCGCACGCGCUUUAAAGGGCUCCGACGGAUGACGUCAGUUUUUAGGUCUCUUGCUGUUGAGGACCCCCCCCCCCCCAUCGUCUCCCCCUCCCCCCUCCACCCGUCUAACGUGCACAGGAGCCUCCCCCUGGUCUGCUGUCACCAUUGGACCUCACAGCAAAUGAUUAACCACGUCCAUGUGAGGACUCCUUCCUUCCAUGACAUCCUCGGGUGGAGAAGCAGCAACAGACGGCAGAAGGGCUCAAACCCACCGCAGCCGUUGUUCAAGUCGAAGCACCCGUUGUUAUGAGGCGGCGCCCGUUGAGAACGACAGAUCACAAACUGAUUGAUCUCUUUGUCCAAUCCCUCCGGCUGGCCUGCAGCGAAUCCCAGAUUAAAUCGGCCCCGGGUCAGGAAAGUUGACCAUUAACCUCUAGAACUGAUUGCGUGCACAUCUCCAGUCGUAAGCAGCUGAGGGAAUAUCGAGGAUCCUGUGGCAAAGUUCACUGUCAAGAAGUCUGUCGAACGCCAGGAGCCGGCUCCUUUUCUCUCAAUUGCACGCGUAUUCUUCCAUUUUUUUGUCAUUUUUAAAGCACUAAAUCCGCAGCCAUGGCAACAGCGGGUUAUGGAUACUACCGAGGCACCAUAUUUCUGGCCAUGUUUUUGGGCUACACGCUGUACUACUUUAACAGAAAGACCUUUUCCUUUGUGAUGCCUUCACUCAUGCAAGAAAUUCAGCUGGAUAAGGACGACCUGGGCAUGAUCACCAGCAGUCAGUCUUUGGCCUACGCUAUCAGUAAGUUCAUCAGCGGCGUGCUUUCGGACCAGAUCAGCGCCCGCUGGCUCUUCUCCAUUGGCCUGUGCGCGGUGGGAGGCAUCAACGUGGUCUUCUCCUGGUCCUCCACCGUCGCCGUCUUCUCUGGCCUGUGGUUCCUCAACGGCCUGGGCCAGGGCCUGGGCUGGCCUCCCUGCGGCAGGGUGCUGCGCAAGUGGUUUGAGCCCUCUCAGUUCGGGACGUGGUGGGCGAUUCUCUCCUGCAGCAUGAAUCUGGCUGGCAGCUUGGGCCCCAUCAUUGCCACGGUGCUGACCCAGAGCUACAGCUGGAGGACCAUACUGUUCGUGUCCGGAAUGAUCUGUGUGGUGGCUUCCUUUUUCUGCCUGCUGCUCAUCAAGAACGAGCCCAAGGAUGUGGGGCUUCCCAGCAUCGAGGCAGCAGCCAAGAAGAGCAAAGGAGAAUCCUCCAGCUAUGAAAGCACGCUGUCCGAGUUCCUGCUGUCCCCCUACCUGUGGCUGCUGUCCAUGUCCUACCUGGUGGUGUUCGGGGUGAAGACGGCCUGCACCGACUGGGGUCAGCUGUUUCUCAUCCAGGAUAAGGGCCAGUCUGCACUCAUGGGUAGCUCAUACAUGAGUGCGCUGGAGGUUGGAGGCCUGUUUGGCAGUCUCGCGGCAGGUUAUCUUUCGGACAAGGCGGUGGCCAAACAACGCAAGACGCUCUACGGCAAUCCUCGCCAUUUCAUCCUGGUCUGCAUGAUGGCUGGAAUGUUUGUGUCCAUGUACCUGUUCAGAGUCACGGUCACCGCUGACAGCUCAAAGGUGUGGAUUCUCAGCUUGGGUGCUGCUUUCGGUUUCUCCUCUUACGGACCAAUAGCGUUAUUCGGCGUUAUAGCCAAUGAGAGCGCCCCCUCCAACUACUGCGGGACGUCACACGCCAUUGUUGCCCUGAUGGCUAACGUCGGUGGCUUCCUGUCUGGACUUCCAUUCAGCACCAUUGCCAAACAUCACGGCUGGGAAACGGCCUUCUGGGUAGCCGAGGUCUCCUGUGGCGUCACCACCAUUGGAUUCAUCCUUCUGCGCAACAUCCGCAACAAGAUGGGUCACGUGUCCAAGAAAGCCGAAUAAAACCUCAUUACAUCUUCUCUAUUCCAGACAGAAAAACGGAUAUUUUAAGCCAUCAAUGUAUUUUAAUAUUUUUGUAACUUGAUUUUUUAUUUUAUUUUACAAUAGUACUUGUUGUCUUGCAGGACUUGGAUAUAAAUUAAGCCGUGAUACGCUGAGUGCCUUUUUUUCAAGAAAAGUUUGAAAUGCGUUUUCUACAGUAUUUACUAAAAUAACCUUGUUUGCCCAGUAAUGGGACAUCUAAAGAAAGGUUUCUGUUUACAAACACUUAAGUAUUUCAAUUAUAAGAGCAUAAAACUGGCACCUGUUUUGAACUAA